GUUAGGGGAAAAUAACCUCGGAAUCAGUUUACACGAAGACAUAUUGUGGAGGCUUCGACACAUACUAACGACAUGAGCUCAACAAUGGUGUCCCGCUCCAUCCAUGGCUGCUCCUCCAUCAAUGCUGGGCUCGUACCUUGAGGAAAGCCCUAACCAGGUUGUUUAUUCAGGCUCUUAACCGAUAUAUUGAUUGGUUCUUUAAGUUCGUGGAACUUGCUCUCUGCUCACGACCUGUUCGAUCGGGUUCCUGUACGGGAUGUUGUCUCCUACAAUCUCGUUAUUUUCUGGUGAUAGCCCAAACGGGCGCCCCAGACAAGCUAUGAAGCUUUAUGCUGCUGAGAUGGGUCCCCUCUGGUCUCAGAGAGAAUGCCUCCACGUUUUCUUCGGUUUCUCAGUGUAUAUGUAGCGAUGCUGGGUUCUGUAGAGAAGAUGUUCAAGUUCAUUGCAGUGUGAUUUCGCUUGGGUUUGGGUUGUAAUUUGUUCGUGGCUUCGUCGCUUAUUGACCUUUGCAUGUCUAUGCGGCUCGAGAAUGUAGCUUUGAAGUUGUUCGAGGGAAUGCCUGAGAGAAAUGCUGCAGUUUGCAAUUCACUAUUGCGUUGGUUUAGCAAAUGGGCUUUUCCAUAUCCGUGGUUGCUCUAAUGGCGGGUUAUUAGAUGAAGGGAAGCAGCUGCAUUCCCAUCUGCUUAAAUCUGGAUGUACUGAUUCUAAUAUCUGGAUGGAUUUUUACUCCGAUUAUGGUAGUUUAAUAAAGGCCAAUAGGUCAUUGGAAGCUGUUCCUGAAAUGGAUGUUAUAUCCUGAAACGGGUCCUUGCAUGAUUCGGUUGAUGCUAUUGGUACUCUUGAUAUUAAAUCCGCUCCUGCAUCUGACAUUGCAGUAUCGUGCUCUUUGAUUGAGGCUUAUUCAGGAUGUGGUCAGGUUUGAACAGACUUGAAAGGUUUUUCUGAUGAGCUUGCUUUGCCUAAUGUCUUCAGUUUCACAUAAAUCAUCAAGGGUUAUGCUCGAAAUGGCAUGGGACGAGAUUGCAUUAAUAAUAACAUGCUUAGAGCAAUGGAUCGAAAGGGUCUUGUCCCGGUUGAAGUUACACUGUUGUGUGUAUUAUCAGGUUGCAGCCAUUCGGAGCUGGUUGAGGAAGGCCAACUUGAUGUUGGGCUCAAUGGGAAUCGAAUUAUGGAACUUCUCCUGGAAGGAAACAUUACUGUUUGCAUGUUGGAUCUGUUAGGUCAUGGUAAAAGCCGAAGGGUGCAUAGAAAAGAAGCAAUAAGGAGAAGAUCAGCAAGAAUUUUGAUGGGUCUUGAAUCCGAGAAUGUCGCCUCUUAGGUUAAAGUUUCGAACUUUUUGCUCUGAAAUCGGGAAAUUUGAGCUCAUGAGGGGAGACUGUGGUUGAGAGUAUUUGGUAGCAGGCUAGUAGCAGUGGCAUGUCUUUUUGGGUAAACAGAUGUAGGACAGUGUUUGCUUAAGCUUCAUGGAAAAGAAGCCCGAACCUGUUUGCAAAGUUCACACCUCUCUUCCACUGAUCUGAAAUAGUUUCUUUCACUUGAAGUCAUCUCCAUUAUCAACUGCGACUACACAAGACAUUCGGUUCCUUAUUUGCAAGUGUUUUUCAGGCAGAAGAUGGAAAAGCUCUUCGUUGUCGCCCUGUUAGGACUAUUGAUGAUAAUAGCUGCUUAUGGAGCUGCAGGGAAAACGGUGUAUGACAAUGUCGACAUUCUCGGGGACCUCGAGAAUCUGGACGUACCAGAAGACGAUAUCGAUGUGGAACUCUUUGAUUUGCCAUCGUUCAAUAGCCAGCACUCUGGCAAGAAUCUGGUGAAUGUUGAUAGCUUUGGUGCAGCUGGAGAUGGUGUUUCCGACGAUACCCAGGCAUUUAUAAACGCAUGGAGCACAGCCUGCUCUACUCCAAGAUCCGUGUUCUUGGUUCCACAAGGCCGCCGCUAUCUGGUUAACGCCACAAAAUUCAAUGGUCCUUGUGAAGACAAAUUGAUCAUUCAGAUAGAUGGAACAAUCGUGGCACCAGACGAGCCCAGCAAAUGGAAUCCGGAUUUCCAGAGGAUUUGGCUUGAAUUCUCCAAGCUCAAAGGGGUCAUAUUCCAAGGGAGUGGAGUCAUAGACGGUUCUGGUAGCAAAUGGUGGGCUGCAUCUUGCAAGAAGAACAAGUCUAAUCCGUGCAAAGGAGCGCCUACUGCAUUAACUAUAGAUUCAAGUUCGGGUAUAAAUGUGAGAGGCCUGACAAUUCAGAACAGCCAGCAGAUGAAUUUUAUCAUUGCAAGGUCAAAUUCAGUGCGGAUUUCUAAAGUUAUGGUCUCGACUCCAGGAGAUAGUCCCAACACUGAUGGAAUCCAUGUCACUGCAUCUACCAAUGUCAUCAUCCAAGACUGUAAAAUCGGCGCAGGAGAUGAUUGCAUAUCGAUUGUGAACGGGAGCUCGGGAAUCAAGAUGAAGAGGAUUUAUUGUGGACCGGGGCAUGGAAUCAGCAUUGGAAGUCUCGGGAAGGAUAACUCAACAGCCGUUGUGACGAAAGUAGUGUUGGACACUGCCUUCCUGAAGGAGACAACUAAUGGCCUUAGGAUCAAGACAUGGCAGGGCGGUUCUGGUUACGUUCAAGGAGUGCGUUACGAGAAUGUAGAGAUGCAAGAUGUCGCAAAUCCCAUCAUCAUCGAUCAGUUCUACUGCGAUUCUCCAUCGUCCUGCCAAAAUCAGACGUCGGCGGUAAAUAUCAGUCAGGUAAUGUACAGGAACGUAACAGGAACCACCAAGAGCGAGAAAGCGAUCAAAUUUGCUUGCAGUGACACAGUGCCAUGCAGCCACAUAGUCCUCAACAACGUCAAUCUGGAACGAGAGGACGGCCAUGUCGAAGCUUACUGCAACUCGGCCGAAGGGUUUGGGUACGGAGUCGUACAUCCAUCGGCCGACUGUCUCUACUCUCACGAUGACAAGGGCUAUUAUUACCAGACUGACGCCAUUGAAGCUGUUCUGUCGGAGCCGACUGGACACGACGAGCUCUGAUGCGAUUGCUGCUGUUAUGGUCGUCGUGUUUUGAGUAUUUUUUAGUGAGGGCUUGUAACGUAUGUUAUAUAUAUAGUCUUAUUUGUUUACGUCUAAGAUCUGACUAUAGCUUAUGAAUGAAGCAAUACAACGAGACCGUGAAGCAUAUUGUUAUGUAGUAAAAGAAAGAUUUUUAUA